UGAGAAGAGAGCAAAGAAAACGAGAUAUCCAUUGAAAGCUGGAGGAGUUGGCGGGGGCUGUUGCACAGUGCGAGCUUCUUUUUUUGGGGGGUGGCAGCAGGCAGUUUGGGAUUCGGUGUGGGGGGCGGUUUUGCCUCUUUGGUUAUAUGUCGCUGGCUCGGUGUGAAGAUAUGAUCUGACUCAGCCCUGAGGACGGUUUGGAGAGAGCUUGGAUGUGCCUGGGCAGGACACCUGACCCUCCCUCGGAUUGCACCCCAACUUUUGCAGGAAGACCCCCGACAGAUUAAAGGGGUGAAUCCCCCCCCCCCCCCAUCCCUUGACCGACACAUUCCCUGGAUCACCUACCUUUUGUAGAUCACCCCCCUCCCCCCUGGACUGCCUCUCCUGGUUCCUUUGCCCCCCCACAGCCCCCACUCAUGGAUACUGCAUCAUCCUCAACUUUUGAUUCAGAGGAUGGAACACCAAACUACAGACGGAGGAGGACUGUGGAGGACUUCAAUAAGUUCUGUACGUUUGUGCUGGCAUAUGCAGGAUACAUACCAUACCCAGAAGAGUCUCCUCAGGAGUCCCCUCUUAGAGCUGGCUCCAGCCCUCCAAACAGCACCGGAAGCACCGUAGACAGCGAUAGCUGGGAUUCCAGAUUCCAUGACGUCUCCUCGGCUGGGGUUUUGCCGAUCAAAAAGCGAAGAAGCUUUGGGGAGCUAAAACAUGACUGCUCCUACCCCUCCAUGCUGAAGCACUCCAAGCUCAGCAGCUUCCUCUUGGACCGGAAGAAACUGGACAAAAUAAAGAAAAAGAAAAAGAUGAAGAAAAAGGAGCAACAAGUCGCAAAAGAGGAAGAAUACAUGAAAGCCAUCAUAAAAAUAGAGCCAGAGGACUCAUCGCCGGAAGAGAGCAUGCCCGCUCCAGUCCUAGACCAUGCACUGGACCUAAAAAUGUCCCUAAAGCAAGAGACCCCAGACCCAGUAUUUGAGAGUUGUAAUAAUAGUAUGGACAGUGCCUCCAUCACCAUGACCUCUGACGACGCAGAGGAAAUAAAGACUGAGUACUCAGAGGUGAACCUGGGCAAGCGAACGGUCAUACGGCAGGGAAAGCAGGUGGUGUUCCGGGACGAAGACGGCACAGGGAAUGAUGAGGACAUCAUGGUGGAUUCAGAUGACGAAUCUUGGCAUCUUGUCACUUGUUUCUGCAUGAAGCCAUUCGCUGGCCGGCCGAUGAUCGAGUGCAACGAAUGCAAUACCUGGAUUCACCUGUCCUGUGCCAAAAUCCGCAAGUCCAAUGUUCCAGAAAUCUACGUUUGCCAAAAGUGCCGAGACACCAAAUUUGACAUCCGACGAUCAAACCGCUCACGUAUGGGAUGUAGGAAGCUGUUCUUGGACUGAAAAAAAAAAAAAAAACUAAUAGCUGAACAGCCAUUGUGUGCACAGGGACGCAGCGAAAGAAGCACACAGGACUGCACUACUGCGCAGAUAAAACCAGUAUCGUUUCAAUAAACUACAUUUGUUUUCCGUGGAUGCGCACAUUGACAGACUAGCAACUAAUAUUUUUAUGUUGGCCAUCUUUGCCUGCGUGAAAUCUGGCCACAGGAACUGUUUUAUUGCGACAAGAGUUCUCGUGAACACCUGGCAGCACUGGGGUUAAAUGUCCACAUAGCAACUUUUAGCCCUUUCCUGGCGAGACCAAAAUAAUAAUAAAAAAAAAUUGUUAAAAAUUGAAAGUUUAUCUAAAUGCUGCAGUUUGACAGUAAUAUUUUUCUAGUUCUAAAAUUCUUUCAGUAUGAAAGACUUAGGUGGAAGUUGAAGUUGUUUUUACAUUUAGUUUUUUUUUUUUUUGGCUCCUACACACACAGGCCGGAUUGUUGUACAGAAAUAUAAAACAUUUCAAUAAAUGUUAUUUUCCCUCAUAGGUGGUCAGUUAUAUUUACAGAUUUUUUUUAUUUUUUAUUUAAUUUUUAAAUAUUUUUUAUUUUUUUUUGUAAAUGUUUUGGAGGUUUAUCAUCUUAGAAGGCUAAAUUCACCUUCCAUGUUAAAGGGUUUCUCCAGGCUUUUAAACAAAUCCGGCAACCUUCUGAUCUGUUGUUGGAAGGUCAGUACUUAGCCAUCCAUUAGGCCACCGAUUCCCCAGUCUCCUCUGUGUGCUCAUACUGGCUGCAGGCUCUUCUGCUCACGUCCCGACUGGAUAUGUUCCAUUUACAGUAUGCAACUGAACAGAGAGACUCAGGGAACAGAUCCAGUCUGAGCUCAGCAGAAUCGGAAGCCCGAUGGAGGUGUCGGUACUGACCAGACUGUCUUCCCUCAACAGGUCAGAAGGCUGGCAAAUUUUUAAACAUAAUAAAUGUCACACAUACACCUGGAAAUAUAUCUACCUCUGUCCAUUAUAUUUCAUUCACAGAAGGUGUUAAGAGAAAGGGUAUUGGGGGGAGGGGAAUAGUGACGUUAAAUACGUUCUUAAUUCCAAUCCUUCUUUUCAGUAGCGGCAGGCACUUUUCCUGCUAGACCAUCACUUGCCAUCCACCAUUUUUUGCCAUCAGUUGACAUCCUUUCAGUCACCAUGGACUGGAUGUCCAGUAACUUCUAAAGGCUAAUGUUGUCCCGAGGAAAUUCCUCUCCUUGACGGUGAAAAAUCUGUCAAAACAGAAAAAAAAUAAAAAUGUACAAAUUAACAAUUUUAAGGGACAAUUUAAACUAUGGCUGUAGGUGCCAUUUUCUUUGUGAAAUCUCUGACACACUCGUAUCUGAGAUAUGACCACAAAAUGGCCGACAUCUACUGAGAACUCCUGCAGUUGUCCUAGAAGUGUUGCAUUCCCACAAACCUGAGACGGAUAAUACAUAACCAAUAGAAAUUGAACUACUGUUCCCAGCACAAUAUGGGGGGGGGGGGGGGGGGAUAUACUAGGAUUUUUUGUCCCAUAUACCUAAUGACAUGAGCCUGGAUUAAUAAAAGAACACGUGGGUUAUAUUCUAGGAACUAAACCAGACCACCAUCGUUACGCAGAGGCGGAAUGGCAGUCAUAUUACACAAUUUACAUUUAAUUGACUGAACCUUUGAUAUUUGGCACAAGUAUUGUGGUGUGAGUAGCAGCCAGUGAGAUUCAGUCUAGUAGUACAAGGUAAAAGGAACACAUUUGAUUAGUUGUUGUAGUUGACAAUUGAAUUUUUUUUAUUUUUUUGGAAUGUCACAGAAAAUGUAACUACUUUCCUUUUUUUUUUUUUUCCCCCCACUUUAUAAAUAAUAAGGCAAUAAGCGGAUAUUUUUUUUUUUAUCCCGACUUGUAUAAAAUGGUGUACAGUCUCCCUAUUGGCUAAUAGAAGGAAAGUUAGCCGCAGCUGCUGCUGCAGAACAGCUCAGUUAUGCAAAAACUUUUAAUUGCUUUGCCAUUUAAACCCUUUGCUGCCAUUUUUUUUUUUUUUUUUUAGCCAACUAUGACACCAUUUUUUUCCCAUCACUAUUAUUGGACAAUUUUUAAUUUUUUUUGAAGACUUAAAGUAUGUACUUCAAAGUAAGAGCAUUAUGUGAAAUUUUAAACCCGUUCUUUUUAAAAAAGAGACCAAAACAAGGUUGUGAACUAUAAGGUAAUUGUCUUCUACACACAUCUUUGUGUAUAUUUGUCUGCCUAUUGUGUGGAAACGGUAAUGUGUCCUAAUGUUUUAUUUUCUGUAAGGCUACAGAGGGGCUUGUAUAUCAUCACAAGUUCGUAGAAACAACGCCCCUAACUAUAGAAAUUAGAUUUUUUUUUUUUUUUUUUUUUUAAAUGGUCUCGUAACCAAACACUGAAAACUAUUGUAACAUUGGUACUAAACCGCCCUACUUUAUCCUACAUUCAUUUGUACAAUGGCACUAUCUAAAGUCUGCAUCUUUGGCACAGUUUUAUGGGGUUAGUCUUACUUGUCAGUUGUGCACUUAUUUUAUUUUAUUUGUUUUCUUACAUGUUCACUUAUUACUUUCAAAGCAACAGAGCCAAUAGCACCCAGUGUACAUGAAUAUAUUUCCAAGUCAGAAGAGAUUGUCUGUCUAGAAAACUUUACUUUUUUUUUGAAAAUAAUUACCGUACAUAGAUGAUUAUUAUUUUUUUUUUUAUUGGAGUGUGCUGGUCAUGACUUGCUCAUUUCUGUCUUUUAGGGUGUUUGGUCUUGCAUUGUUUAAAGUUACUCUCAGUAAUAUUCCCGAUAGCGACAUUGGAGGUAUUUGUAUAUAUAAAUAUAUCUAUCUCGGUUUUGUUUUUUUGUUCAAUAAGACUGAGAGAAACAUUGAACAUGCUUCAUAGAGCACAGACUGGAAAACAUUGUGAUGUACAAGACUUGUGUAUUUGCAAGGAAGAUGUUUCUGUGAAACUCUGUAC